AUUAACAUAUAUUUGCUAAGAAAUUAACCUUCCUAUAGCAAGGAAGGUUCCAUUUUAAAAUUUACCAAAGAGAGUAAAGUACAGCCUGUGUACUAACGAUUUUCAAAAUUUUCCACUGCACGCGUGGUGCAAUCUGAUUGGUGAGAUGAGCAGAGCGCAGAGCAAGUCGGUGCAGGCAAUGAUAAAAGGGUCAAAAUGGGACGGAUGAUCCGAACGUUUAAAACGGGUUUGGAUUUUACACAAUUCAACCCGUUUAUAAAUAAGUCAAUCCGAAAUCGAUUCUUUUAUAAACGGGUUAGACGGUUCGGGUCGGGUUGAAAGCCUGAAACCCCUGGCCUAGCACGCACGCGGCGCUGGCUCAGCACUUCUCCGGCUCCGCCUUUCCAGUUGUCACUGUUCUUGACCCUUCACCCAGACACCCCGCGCUCCUCUGCUUCCUUCUUCCUCUCCUCCGCAGCUGGCAGCCUCCCUCUCUUUCACGGACCGAACCAGCCCCAAAAUAUCCUUCUUCGCCGCACGCCGUUAAUUCAAUCUUCGAACCAAAAGCCAGAUCUUGCCACUAGAAAACCGAAGGAGCACACAAAGCAAAUCAAACCAAACGAAGGCCAGAACUCCGCACGCCAUCUUAAUAUCUUCCAACAAUCCAGCUUCCAAGUUCUGAAAUUUGAAGCUCCUCCCUCACAGCUUUGCUUGAGUGCUCAGACCCUCAACUUCUUCUUCUUCUUCUUCAACCGAGAGGGAGAUCCGUUCUUAAUUUUAAAUUUUAAAAUAAAUAAAUUAUUUUUUUAAACGGUAAACGGGCGGGUUAGGUUUACAUGGUCGUGAUCGGUUUAAUUCCGACCCGUUUAUGAUUCGACCCGUUUACAAUUCGAUCCGUUAACGACUCGCCCAUGAAUCCCUUUUUCCACCUAGACGGAUCAUAAUCUCUCCCGUCGUCUCGGCUCUAAGAAUUUGAAAUUCAAAAACAAAAAUCACUGGUUGCCUUCAAACCCCGUCCCCCCUCAUUAUUAAAAAACAAAACCCUAACAUCCGCUCUCCAACGGUCCACUUCCACAGAACUCUACCCCUCUCUCUCUCUCUCUCUCUCUCUCUCUCUCUCUCUCUUCAAAUUUGGACGCCUUUCAAGAACACUCAAACUUCUCAUUUUCAGAACAAAGCAGAUCGCGCAUCUGCCCCGGUUUCUACGAAAGAAAUUGCUGGUUUUUGCCUUUGGGAAGGUGGGGAAACAGUUGUCGGAUCUUUCUUUGAGGUACAAACAGCUUCAUUAUGUCCAAUACCCAAAAUGAUCCCCUUCUCCAAGUAGAAACAACAUGUGGAUCUCUUUUAUAUGAACUUCAGAUAAUAUGGGAUGAAGUUGGAGAGUCAGAUGCGGCAAGAGACAAAAUGUUGCUAGAGCUUGAGCAGGAGUGUUUGGAAGUAUAUAGAAGAAGGGUAGAUCAGGCAAACAGGAGUAGAGCUCAACUGCGACAGGCAAUUGCUGAUUCAGAGGCUGAGCUUGCAGCCAUUUGUUCUGCAAUGGGAGAGCUACCAGUUCACAUCAGACAGUCCGAUAAAAAAUCUGGAAGUUUGAAAGAAGAACUCAAGGUCAUUCUUCCUCAACUAGAGGAGAUGAGGAAGAGGAAAUGUGACAGAAGAAAGCAAUUUCUCGAAGUUCUGGAUGAGAUACAGAAGGUCUCACAUGAGCUCUAUGGAUCUGCCGAGUAUGCAUCUUCCAUGACAGUGGUGGAUGAAACUGACUUGUCUUUAAGAAGGCUCGAAGAACUGCAGAGACAGCUACAGGCACUUCAAAAAGAGAAGAGUGAUCGUAUAAAGGAGGUUUUGGACCAGUUGCACACUAUGAACUCACUUUGCUUGGUGCUUGGUAUGGAUUUUAAGCAAACAGCGGGUGCUGUUCAUCCUAGUUUAGGUGACCCUGAAGGGAAUAUAAGUAAUGGUACAACUGAGCAGUUGGCGGUUGAAAUACAAAGACUGAGAGAGAUUAAGAUACAGAGGAUGCAUCGGCUUCAAGAUCUUGCAACUACAUUGUUGGAGCUGUGGAAUUUGAUGGAUACACCAAUUGAAGAGCAGCAGAUGUUUCAAAAUGUUACCCGUAAUGUAGCUGCCUCAGAACAUGAAAUAAAUGAACCUAACACACUUUCAAUGGACUUCAUUAAUUAUGUUGAAGUGGAAGUGUCUCGGCUGGAAGAGCUUAAAGCAAGCAAAAUGAAGGAGCUUGUUCUGAAGAAGAGGUCAGAGCUGGAGGAUAUUUGCAGGCGGACACAUUUGGUUUUAGAGGCAGAUGGUACCAUGGAAUAUGCAAUUGAAGCUAUGGAGUCUGGCACUAUAGAUGCUGCUUAUGUCCUUGAACAAAUUGAGCUUCAUAUUGCUAAAAUUAAGGAGGAGGCAUUUAGCAGGAAAGAAAUACUGGAAAAGGUUGAGAAAUGGUUAGGUGCAUGUGAAGAAGAGUCUUGGCUUGAGGAGUAUAACAGGGAUGAUAACAGAUACAAUGCUGGAAGAGGUGCUCAUCUCACUCUCAAGCGUGCUGAGAAGGCACGUUCUUUGGUUAAUAAACUUCCAGCAAUGGUGGAGGCAUUGGCUUCAAAGGUUACAGCAUGGGAGAAAGAGAGGGGCACUGAGUUCACAUAUGAUGGGAGUUCUCUUCUUUCUAUGCUUGAAGACUAUACUAUUUUGCGGCAAGAGAAAGAGCAAGAACGAAAGAGGCAGAGGGACCAGAAGAAACUUCAGGGGCAAUUAAUAGCGGAGCAAGAGGCUCUAUUUGGGUCAAAACCAAGCCCCUCAAAGCCCCAGAGUGUCAAAAAAGCUACAAGAGUUUCAACUGGAAGUGCAAACUCUAGAAGGCUCUCACUGGGAGGAGCAAUGCUUCAAACUCCUAAACCUGAUCCACUGCACUCCACAAAGGCUACUCCCCAUUCACGUCCAAUCAAGAAGAAUGAUCGUUUGCACCAAAAUGAUCAUCAUCAACAGGAUGAUGAAUUUGCAGCUUUAUCAGCUGGUAGGAGAGGCUUGGACAUUGCUGUAGUUCCUGUCAAAAAGCAUUCCUUUGGUGCUGUAAAUGCUCGGGAGUUUGAAUCGCCCAUGAUGCGGAAACCAUUCUCGCCCAUCUCUUCCACUGCAUCAUCUAAGGCCAAUACUAUAAACUCAUUAGAAGAUCUGAACAAGACAGAGUCUGAUACAUUUCAGAAAAUACACCCAAGUAGCAAUACCCCUAUCAGUACUCCUUGCAAGGUAAGUUCCAUUCCGGACGACGAGAACAGAACUCCCAAGACAUUUCCGAUUCCUGUGCCAACUACGCCUUCAACAGUGUCAGUUCCAAUGCAGACAGCCAUAACCCCGGCUCCUCCCACUGUUACUUGUGGAUCUAGCACAGUUGAAGAGGUUCCUGAAGAGACUGAAUACUCGUUCGAGGAAAGAAGAGCUGGCUUUGUGCUUCCCAAAACACAAAUCAAGCCCGCGGUACAAGUUUGAUUUAUUAGAAAACUCUAGGCAAAUCCGAAAUUUCAAAGUGCUGUUACUGCUGGUGUUUGUUCUAUUUUUGCGGUUUGGAUUGGCGAGUGAGUAAAGUCAAUUCUAAUUGGCUUUUUCUAAUUCCUGUACAUAGUCUACGAGCAUUGAACGUGGACUACUACUAAGGCUGCUGAAAUUUUCCCCUUUGUCAUUCUGAGCUCCUUUCCUUUGCAAUAUUCUUAAAAAGUGUAACCAGGGAUAUGGUGAUGGCGGUUUUUGUACAGUGUCUAUCAGCAUAGUGCUUCCAAACUUAACUUUCUUUGUUUCCAUGACUUUCAGUUUUUGGCGGACUUGAGUUCCAACUUUAAAGUAAUCAUUUUGUUCUUCUGAUUUUAA